CUAUCGCCUUGAGCGACUUUUUGUCUUGGCCGUUAAGUCGCUUAUUUCUGCUUGCUGCUGUUGUGCAUCCUCUUCCUCUGAUCGUCCUGUCGGAUUAAUCAUCUCUACUUCUCUGGAUUUCAUAUACCUUUUCUAUUUUGUGUGUGUUUGUUUAGCGAUUUCGUUGUACUUCGGAAUUCUAUGAUGAGCUUGGCGUCCCGACAUGCUCCUGCCGCAUCCGGAACAGGACAUCCUUCCAUUGCUCCGGUUUCUAACGUAGUGGUCGUUCCACCGGCUGCCGCACAUAUGAACGUGCAUGGGACAACAAACCAUUUAACUAAUACGAGAACUGGAAGCAACAAUCUUAUGAACUUGCUCAACAGUGGCCUAUCGGUUCCCCGUCAGAUUGUUGUUCUGGCUCGUAGUGCGCAAGACAACCUUCACGUUCACAUUAAUCUUAAUUUCACUGGAACUAUAGGACAAGGUACAUUUGGACAAAUAGAACGUGCUACACUGACAGUCCCUACCGAUCCUAACGGUGAGGCGAAGGUUGCUGACAGGUCUUCCAUCCUUGUUGCUGUGAAGCGAGUUCUACAGGAUCCAAGAUAUAAAAACCGGGAACUGAGCAUCAUGCAACGGUUAAAUAACCACCCCAAUGUGGUAAAAUUUUAUUACUACUACUAUUCCACAGCUCCCAGAGUGCACAAGCCUUCAAAUGGACGCAACGUAUCGACACAUGGAGUCGAUGUGUUCCUCCAUCUUGUUCUCGAAUGCUUCCCGGAGAGUCUUUGCGAGCUGAUUUAUCGACAUCUGCAGCGCAACAUUAAAUUGACCCCACACAUGGUUAGGGUCUUCACGUACCAAAUGCUCAAAGCAUUAGCUUACCUUCACAGCCAUCAGAUAUGCCACCGGGACAUAAAAUCAUCGAACUUACUAGUCGAUGAGUCUACCCUAGUGCUCAAGGUUUGCGAUUUCGGUAGCGCAAAGGAAAUGGUUCCUGGUGCGGCAAACGUCUCUUACAUAUCUUCGCGGUACUACCGUGCUCCCGAACUCCUGUUUGGCGCUCAGGCAUACACUUGCGCCAUCGACACUUGGAGCGCCGGCUGCGUUCUUGCUGAAAUGCUCCGACAGCAUUGCCUUUUUAUGGGCGCUGACUCAGUGGAUCAGUUGGUGAAGGUGAUUCGGGUUCUUGGCACACCUUCAAGCGAGGAUAUCGCUAGCAUGAAUCCUUUGUAUGUAUCGUACAAUUUUCCCGAUGUACAGCCUUGUCCCGUAAAGCUAUUUUUCCCCCAGUACACUCCUCCCGAUCUGCUAGCUCUCAUGAGCAAGAUGUUGGUGUACAAUCCUGCCUUGCGUAUCUCCCCGUCGGACGCCUUAUCCGAACCUUGCUUCAACGUAUUACGUGAACUCAAUGGGGACAAAUUCUCCUCCGGCCACGCUUGGCUUCCACCUCAUCUGUUCGAACCCAAUGCAGAACCUCGACCUCCAACAACAGUUGCACCAGAAGCUCCUUCUAACUCAGAGACUUUAAACAAUUCCAAUUGUUUUCCACCUACCGAUUCGUCGCAUUUGCACAGCGCAGUUAGUAGAAAAGCUAGCGACAAAAGCAAUGUGUCUGAUCAACAGAAAGUUGGAAAUAACAAGCCCUCUGCUGAUUGGUCCAAGAAGGGUAAGGUCGACCGUCUGGGUCUACCAACCUAACCAAGCCGAACAACAUAGCUUCCGAUCCUCCAGCAAUCGAAACUACCACGAGUUUCCCCUCAGUCGGGAAUUGUAGUUCCAGUAGUAAUCGUGAUGUGUCCAGCAAAUCAAGGCCACACGCAACCAACUCUAGUCAUCAAAAGAAGUCCGGUGAUAAAGACGAUACUUUGGACAAUGGAGCACACAGUUAUGGGAACCGGGUCGAAUCCCAGCUUUCUAAUUCUUCUCAUCGCUCAUCGCAGCCUGUUACGGCUGGCGACGUAAACUCGACCGCAGUGCCUGAGUCAACAAAUCCGUCUUCAAGCUAGCACUUUCCUCCUUACCACGUUCCGUCUGUUUACGUGCCCUUGUAAUGUGUCGCCGCAGUGUCGCAGUCCAAGUAUACUGGUCCUCCUUUCCCACUGCGUCAGCUCUCGAUAACUUCUGUGUCACUCCACUGUGAGACCACCCUGGUUAUCUGCGUCUUUUUUCUCUCGCAUGUGUGAGGAGGCUCAUCAUCUUCACCCUCCCCACUCUUGAUCGACCAACUGUGUGUCCCUCUCCCUCCUCUCUUUUAGCGUUUUGUGCUGUGUACAUAUGCUUGCAUACAAGUUGAUCGCAGUAUUUAUCUCUCCGACCUAUCCUGAUUACCAUUUCUAUCACACACAUACACGAAGCGUCAUAGUUAUGUCGCGUGCCACAAUCGUCUUCUCUCUAUACUUUCUACCUGUGCACACAUAUUACCUCACUUAUUCCAUUUUUAUGAACGUUUGUCGCACACUUGGGCGACAUGCUGUCCUUUUGGCUAUUAGGAAUUCUGCUCCAAAGGUUAUAUUGCCCUCUGCACACAUACACGGCCAUCUCGAACCGGCUCAUCCGAAUAGUAGCCAAUUCUCUUUUUGAUAGUGGUUUUCCCCGGACGCUGUCGUCAUAUAACUUCACCUCAGUGUACUCAUUUUGUCAGACCAAUCACCAGCUCCGUGUCUUGUAUGGGGGAUGAUCUCAACCACGUCUUGAUAAUUUUGUCUUUUCUCCCACUCGGAUGGUGAGUUAUCGGCAACUCUUCCUCCCAACUGACGCGACUCUUACUAUUGUCAACUUUUUCUGUGUAACAAUUAUUCCCCGUUUUCAUUCAUCGUUCUCUUAGCUCUGUGAUGCUCCCUUUUCCGCCGUUGUGCGGCGAAUGAUGUUCGUUCACCAGGUUCUGCUCCAGCCUGCGAUCAUUCUCUCUUUGAUGCACGCACACACUUCUCAUCGAUCCUGUGUUUGGUUUCUCUGUUGCUAUUGCCAACGCCACCGUGGUCGUCGUUGUCCUCAUUCUCUCCAGACAACCGGCCUUGCUCACCGGAACCGUCUGUACUCUCGCGUGCAUUCGAGCGUAACCUUUGUGUUAACACACUUUUGCCGUCGGUUAAAUUUAACCAAUUCACCCGCCCAGUUAUUAUCGUCAAACACUGACUCGUUGCUACCAUCCUUUCAUCUGGUUUGUCCGUGCGUAUGACGCUGAUUCUCCAGGUGCCCCUAUAAUCCUUCUCUUUGCUCUUCCUGCCUACUGUUGAUCGGUUUCUACCGUCGCUUUAUCUCUUCCUUCACCAAGCAAUUUGCUAAUUUUCUAAAGGUGAAGCUUUCAAGGAAUUGUUUUAUCUUUUUGAUUCCCGUGUCCAUUGGUUGUCAUGGUGACCAAUCACGCACCAUCGCCGAGUCAUUUGCCUACUUCCGUACGUUUUUGUGGUUGAACGAAUUGAUUCUAACGUGAUUCACUUCUUCACCGGUCCGUUAAUUAAUCGAGUAGAUUAAUGCGUUGGUCGCCGCCUGUUUUGGACUUUAGAUCUACAGCUACCGAAUUUUUGUACCGCUGAUGCAUUCUUAUGAUUUUAUCUGCAUAGCCAAGGAUCAAGUCCUUGUGCUGUGGAUUCUUGAAAUUCGUAUCAGAAGCGAUUGAUGUUUUGUGGAGAUAGCACUAUUGGUCAGUCAGUUAACGUGACCACUAAAGGGAAACACUAGGCAUAAAUACAUGAAUGAUCUGUGUCAUGUUAGGGUCCGCGAAGCCAUGCGAACUGAUUAGCCUUCAUAGCUUACACGAAGUUGGUUGAGACGAUCAGUCAAGUAAUCGUCGUACUAUCCUCCGCAUGCGACUCACCGUUUUACACAAUCCAACAGACUACCUGCAACAAUUCGGUAUGCAGUGGCGCGUUUAGAUUAUCCUCGUCGACUCGGAAUCAUCUGAACUCGAAUUCAACUUGUCCGUUAGUUCAAACAACUUCAGAGACGUUAUUUUAACAGCUUUCCAAUUGCCACCACGAUUUCAAUCUACCUGAUAAACGUGAUUAUUUCAAUUGCCGACUGCUCCGUGUUCUAUCGAGGUAGUGUUUCUAACGGGAUUGGCUAGAUUGAAUUAAUUAUGAGCCUGUUUCGAAACUC